UAAACGACAGCGUUUAACGUUUUUACCCGCAAAGGGACGACACUCUUGCAAUCCGAUAGCCUAAUUAUGGACGCUUCGGCACGAGCGUUGGUGGAGGCCAUCCACGCCACUCCCACUCAGGCCGUACUCCAUUUCGCCGGCGGCGGUUCUCAGGCGCUCGGGUGGUUGAUGUCUGUGCCGGGAGCUUCGAAUACUGUUCUAGAAGCAGUCGUGCCGUAUUCUAGAAUGUCCCUCGUCCAGUUACUCGGCAAGGUUCCAACUCAAUUUGCCAGUCGACAGACUGCGGAGGACAUGGCGUUAAUGGCGUACAAUAGAGCUAUAGUGCUUUCCAAUCCAGGUUUUCCGGCUCUUGGUGUGGGUUUCAGUGGUUCUCUGGCCAGCUCGCGCCCCAAGCUUGGGGAUCACAGGUUUCAUGUAUCAACAAGAACAUCUGACCAGCUUUUGUCAUCUACAGUAACCUUGUCUAAGGGUAUGAGAACACGUGAACAAGAGGAUAAAGUUUCUAGCCAGUUUGUAUUGAAGGCAAUAGCAUAUGCUUGCAAGGUUCCGACAACAUUCAUCUCCGAGCUAACUGAUUCCGAAGUUCCUGAUGAAUAUAAAUUGCAAUUCAAUGAAGAUCAGGAAUUGGAGCAACUUAUCAAUGGUGAAAUAUGCUUUAAGGUUUACCCCUUUUCAAGUGAUUUUUCGACGGCUGAAAGGAAGAUAAUUCUCCCAGGCUCUUUUAAUCCCUUGCAUGAUGGCCACCUAAAACUCUUGGAAGUUGCUAUGAACAUUCUUGGUGAAGGAUACCCAUGCUUUGAGUUGUCAGCAGUGAAUGCAGACAAACCUCCACUUACCGUGUCAGAAAUCAAACGCCGUGCUAUGCAAUUUGAAAAAGUUGGGAAGACUGUCAUAAUAUCCAACCAGCCAUAUUUCUACAAGAAAGCCGAACUUUUCCCUGGCAGCGCAUUUGUGAUUGGUGCUGACACUGCAGCAAGGCUUAUAAAUCCCAAGUAUUACAGUGGCGAUUAUGGGAGAAUGUUAGAAACUCUAUUAGGUUGCAAAAGCACAGGCUGUGUCUUCCUCGUUGCUGGUCGGAACAUAGACGGCAAGUUUAAGGUUGUUGAUGAUCUCGAUAUUCCAGCGGAGCUAAGGGAUUUGUUCAUUCCGAUUCCACCGGAGAAAUUUCGGAUGGAUAUAUCGUCCACUCAAAUCAGGAAGACUCAAGGAAUGCUCUGAAAACAAUGUGUAUUCUAUACACAUGUUUUAUUUUUAAUUUUUUUUUUUUUUUGUGAUUGAAAAUAUAUCUCUACUGGAAUACUCUAAAUAAAGUGAUUUUGUAUACAGAUUUUAUUUAUUU